AUGGCCGGCUUCGACUUCGACGAACUAUCCCGGGCCGAGCAGGCGGUGGAACACUCAGUGCCCGUGGUGAAGUCCGGGAGCCAGGCUCCACAGGAGGUGCAGACCCCUCAUCCAGUAGCCAAGAAGUCUGGUUCGCCAGGCGUGUCAGGAGCCACAGGUGUGGCAAUUCCUGGAGCCACACCUACUGUGGGCCCGCCACCAGCUUCAGAGAGUCAACUUCGUGCGGCGCGAAGUGGUCUGCAGUCCAUGCUUCAGCAGAGCGACGCAGCGGUGAGUCAGGCUUUGGCAGGCGCCAGUAGCCUGGAUAGAGCCCGCUUGCGGCUGGUCCUGGCUAAACUCCAGAUUGCUGAGCUGUCCGGGCAAUUAGGCUACUCCAUGCAGCUUCAGCCGCAUGUGGCUUCGAAGGCGCCUCCAGUGAAGCCCGUGACAUCCUCAGGGGCUACGUCCGUUACGUCCGCUGCACCAACUGCUCCUUCGGGCGUGCCAGGCGGACCAGUUAGCAAGGCGUUGGUGGCCGCGUCUAAAGCCCGGACGGUGGCCAGUCAGGGCACAGUCGGUGACACCGGCAGCUCAGGGACUCAGCCGCCGCAAGGCACCCAGAGUGCCUCUCCUGGUCAGGCCGUACCAACUUCUGCUGGUCAGGCCAUUCAGGCUUCUCAGGGACCCGCCAAGGCGCAGGGGCCCCAGUCCAAGGCCCCCCCUCCUCCUUUAGUUUCUCAGAACACGCAGACCGCCUCACAGAGCAGCCAGUUGGCAGUGCCGGCUGCCUCAGCGCGGGCCUCUCAGCCCCCCUUUGUGGACCCGUAUGGCAUGGGGCCGCACAGGCCUGGCAGGACCUGUCCACUUACAAGUGUGCCAGGUUUCGCCAACUUGGCACAGCGCCAUGGGCUUAAUGCUCCAGGACAGCCGCCCAGUCAGGUAGGCUUUGGUUGUGCCAAUUGUGCUUUGACCGGGCUUCGGCUUCAGGCCUCUCGUUUGCCGCUGCCUUGUGGCUCGAGCCGUUUGCUCGCGCAGCCCGUUUUCCAGGCUUGGCUGUCUUGCCGCCUUUCCCGCCCACGCUUGUGCGUGUUGGCUGGCCAGGUCCAUCUGCUGGAGACCGAACCCACAGGCGCUGUGCGGGCUGCUUUUGUUCUUCGCGGUCGGGCUUGUGCCUGCCGCAGGAUGUCCCUGGCCGACAGCGAACCAACCUUUGCAGCCCGAGCUCUUCAAUACGGUCUGCCUCAGUCAUGCAUAGACGUCCUUCAGGCGUCCAGGUUGGCGACAUUCAGUGCACUUCUUUUUCAUGUCGCCUCGGCCCCCAACAAAGUUGAGCAAGACAAAGUUGAGAAGGUCAUUCAGUCCUUUCCAGUUGCCGACAGGACGGACAGUACGAAGUCUGCAGUCAACAGGUUGUUAUUCGAAGCAGGAACGUUGGUUGUUGCAGAGCUUAAGAGCAUGGUCGAGACGCCUGAAGACGCUCCGCGAAAGUUGAGCCCGGAAGAAAGGGCAAGCAGGCUGGACUCAGUCAGGACCAGGUGUAGCAGUCGUGACGCUGAAGUCACCAGUGUGCGCAGGGAUGACUCCCUGAUCAGGCUGGAGAACAAUGCCCUUAAGGUUGGGGGCAAAACUCCCACUGUGCGCGUGGACCUUACCAGUGACCUCAGGGUCUACCAGGCUGUCUGUCGCAGAGGAGUGGCGCUCGAGGUCGCGGGUGUGUGCAAGUAUGAGGCGCACGAGACAAGUAUGCGUACAUUGUUUGAUCACAUCCAUCGUCACCCCCCAGCAGGGUAUGUGUCGCCCGGCCUAGAUCAGUUUUUGCUAGCCGACAGGGAGCUCUGGCGCUUAGUAAGCGAGCAGGUCCAGCACAAGUUUGCCCAGACAGGCGGCAGCUCUCAGGUUGACGCAGCCCUGCAGUCUGCAUGCACGGGGCCAGAGAAGAAAGGUGCCCGCUCAGCCAGCAAUGUGCCAGCCGCCCUCAAGGGGCUCAGUGGCACUCGGGAGGGCAUCAGGCUGUGCUUUAAUUUCAACCUGGCCCACGGCUGCACUUUGGAAUGCAAGGUGCUGUCACGCUGCCCCAAGGGCCUGUGCCUCUGUGCGCUCGCCAAGCCUCGUGUCGGGGACUCCCGGCGAUUGAGGACAUUCGUCUUGUGCUCGCCUAGCAGUCCCAGAGUUGCUAGUCCGUCCCGGCGAUCCGUGGACUCACUCGUGUGCCUGGAGGUUUUUGCAGGGACAGCCAGGCUCAGUUCUGCCUUGGCAGCUGUAGGUUUUCAGGCUUUGGCAGUGGACAGUAAGGUCGGCGGCGAGAUGCGAGUCCUGCAAGUCAAUUUGUUGCAAGAGUCUGGGCGUCAGUUGGUCCUGGACAUGAUUAGGUCUGGGAAAAUUUGGUCAGUGCAUUUGGCCCCCCCCUGCAGCACAAGCAGUCAGGCUAGGAGCAUUCCUGCCAGGGGCAGGAAGGCGCCAGUGCCUCUCAGGUCUUUCACUCACCCCGAUGGGUUGCCAGGUUUGAACAUGAGGGACAAAGUCCGAAUCAGCCAUGCAAAUAUAUUAUAUGAGUUUUGCGCCGACGCAAUUCUAGCAGCUGCAGCAGCAGGCUGCAUGUGGAGCAUAGAAAACCCUGCAGGUAGCCUCUUCUGGACUACAUCCCCAAUGAAGCGUGUAGCAAAUCAGUUGUCUGAGCAGCUUUGUUUUGUCCAGUUCCAUCACUGCUGUUUCGGAGGUGACAGGUGCAAACUCACUGCACUAUGGACGAAUGUUCGAGAUUUGUCCGUCCUCGGCAUGUUGUGCGACCCCAGCUUGGGACACAAGCACAAAGCCUGGGGUCGUUUGGACAACGGCUCUUGGGCGACGUCAGCAGAGACUGCGUAUCCCCGCAAGCUGUGUAGGCAAUGGGCCGCGGCCUUGUUAGGGGUUGCCAUCUCCCAGGGUUAUAGCGCGUCUGACGCCUCAGGUGCCAGGGCUAACCCAGUGGCUUCAACUAGGGCCCGCCUACGCGCCGCUUUAGGCUUCUUACCCAAGUCCUCCCUGCUGCCGCCGCAGGUCAAUCCUCUCCAAAAGUCCGAAUGGGUGCAGUUGCCCCCAGAGCUCGACAUGGCAGCGUGCGUGCCGGGUGCCUCUGCAGAGCGCCUCACGGGGGUCAAAAAUAGUCAGGUUGUGUCCAUUCGGAGGCAGGGUGGCAGUUGGUGGGCUAGCGUGGCAGAGCCGGUGCAACCACAGGAGUUUCUUCGCCGGGCUGCAAACUCUGUGCACCCGGCGGAAUGCCGGCCCCCACUGCCAGAGCCGCUUGAGUCGGCCGUGUAUCGUGUGCGCACUAGCCUGACUCAGGUGCACAGGGACAGAGUCCAGAUGCUGAAUUCCAUGUGCCAAAGGGCAAAAGAAUUGGCUAAGGAAGAGAAUGAGGAUCAUGCCAGGAUGGACAGCUCGGUCAGAGGCAUCUUACAGGGCAAGAGACUUCGGCUCCUGGAAGAGCUCUUACAGUCCAUUGAUUUCGAGGACAAGGCUUUGGUAGAUGAUCUGCGCAAGGGAAUGCCGUUGACGGGCUGGCUUAGGGAUAGUGGCCACAUGCAGGCGCACGUAGUUCCCCCACUUUUGACCAAGGACGAGCUCCUUAAACAGGCCCCUGCCCGCAACAGAGAAAUUUGGGACAUGACUGGGCCCUCCGGUGACUCGACACUGGAUGAGGCCCUCUGGCGCAAGACCUGCGAAGACGUGGACAACGGGUGGGCUUUCUUGUUGCCGCCAUCUGAUGCCCCCCCUGCAGAAGGGGCCCUCAGCAGGCGUUUCGCAGUCACCCAGGGUGACCGCGUCAGGGCCAUUGACGAUUUUAGUGUCUCCAGGAUCAACGACACAGUCGGAAGUCAGGACAAAAUCACAGUCAUGACUACCGGUGACACAGUUGCCUUGGUGCAGGCGUUUCUUAGGUCUCCGCAGGUGCCCGCCAGAGCUCGCAAACUGCUGGGCAGAUGCUUUGACUUAAAGUCAGCGUAUCGUCAGCUAGCAGUCUCGCCGCAGGACAUGGAUGUAGCGCGUGUUGCAGUAUGGAACCCAGUUGCCAAAAGGGUUGAGGUCCUGCAGCUCAGGGCACUCCCGUUUGGAGCGUCCGCCAGUGUCUGGGGGUUCAUAAGAUUGGCUCUCGCCUUAUGGGCUGCAGGAACCCAGUUGCUGUGCAUUCCGUGGACCACUUUCUACGAUGACUACUCAGUAGUCACCCUGGAAGAGGAUGUCAGAAGUCUGCAAGCCUCAGUCUUCUUGUUUUUCCAGUUGCUAGGGUGGAAAGUAGCCACCGACGGGGGCAAGGCGUCUCCCUUCUGCCAGGUCUUUCAGUCCCUGGGUGUGGUUUUUGACUUGACAAAGGCACCCCAAAGAACUGUACUUGUCUCCAACACAGAAUCUAGGCGCAUUGAGGUGCGUCGCUGGUGUAAGGAAACGCUAGACAGGGGAACUCUGGCCCCAGCCGAGUGCCUUGCCUUUGCCUCCAGGGUUCGUUGGCUAGAGGCGCAGACGCAUGGUCGGCUUGGCAUGGUCGCGUUAAGGGUCCUCCUCAACCAUGCCAGCCCAGCAAAGGACUCACGCAGAGUCGCUAUGUCAAGCAGGUUACGUUGGGCAGUAUCUUGGAUCUUGCACAGUGUGCCCUCAGCACCGCCCAGGGCCUUUGAGCUUCAGGCACGCAAGAAGUUUUUGGUGUUCACCGACGGAGCAGUCGAGGAUGGCAUUGCUUCCGUAGGGGGAGUGCUCUGCAGCGCUCGUGCGCUGCCCAUUGCUUACUUCGGUGCUAAGGUUCCACAGUCGGUCACCGAGGCUUGGCGUGCCUGUGGUACGGAGCACCCAGUGUUUCAAGCAGAAUUGCUUGCCGUGCUGCUUGCAGCUCACUUGUGGGGAGGGGCCCUCGCAGGGAAUCUGUGCACGUGCUUCGUGGACAACGAGGCCGUCAAGCACUCUCUGAUUCGAGGAUCCGCCUUCCCAGAUUCCAACCAGCUGCUACUGGAGAAUUUCCUUUCCCAGGAAUCGUCUCUAGGGACACACUUCUGGUUCUGCAGGGUACCCAGCCCGUGCAACCCGGCAGAUGCGCCGAGCAGGGGGUUGUUCCCGCAGUGGCUGGCUUGUGCCAAGCGUGAAGAAGUCCAUGGGGAUUUUGCGCCUCAGGUCCAAUUGUGGAACCAGGGCAUCGGGAGCUUGCAACAUGGACAGGAGCCCAGGCUCCCAGUUCCCGAUGCAGUACAGGUGCAGGAGCUUUCCAAAGUCGGAUUGCCGGCUAGUGCCCGCCAAAAUUUUCAGCCCACCCUCCACUCCCUAAUGAAGCGACUUGAGGUCGAUCCGUUGUUGGACCUGACAGGUUCCUUUGGACCUAUCAGGUCAGGUAGGGCCCAGUUGCGUCAGCCAUGGGAAGAAGGAACUUUUGCUUUUUUGUCUCAGAGCCCAAGCAUUUUGAGAGAAGUGCAGGAGGAUCUGUUCGAGCUGCCUGCGCAUGUGCCGCGGCCACUGGUCGCAGUAAAUGCUCAGGCAGUCGCAGUGCCGGCCCCUUUCAGGGCGCCGCCGUUAAGGUGUGCUCACACAGGAUGGCAGGCUUCCAGGGCGCGUGAAGAGCGCCAAGUGGCACUUAGCAAGUGGAGCGCUUUGAUUAGGCAGGCGCCCCAUUUCUUCAGUAUUCAGGUGCUCCACUUUGUCAUGAACCAAGACAAUAGGGUCGAGUUGGGCAACUUGGAGGUGAUAUUCUGUCGCAAGGCCACCAACACGUUGCUCAGCAGAGCCGGCGCACUGAAGAAACUGGUGGUUUGGGGGGUCUUUCGUUUUCCCAUGGAAGCCUUGUCUGAGCCGCUGCUUUUUCUCUUUAUGCAGGAGCUUAAAGACAAGGGCGCUUCAGCCAGUGCGGGUCAUUCAGUCUUGCAGGCGCUGGCCUUUUGUCAUGGGCUCCUUGGCUUAGCAGUUGCUCUUGACAGUCUUCGCAGCCCAAGAGUGACGGGCAUGGCUCACCUGCAGUUGCAAAACAAAAGGCCUCCUAAGCAGGCGCAACCGCUGACAGUGCAGGAGGUGCGUUGGCUAGAGCAGGCGGCCGCGCAGGACCCGCAGUCCUACGAGAGCCUUUUGGCAGGAGGAUUGUGUUUCAUGUUAUUUGCCAGGGCGCGACACAGCGAUGCGUGCAGAGCCAAAGAUCUAGCUUUCGACUUCGGUGCUAGGACUUUCAAAACUGGUUACGUGGAAUGCGCAGUUCUCAACCCCAAGCAAUCUCGAGCAGCCAGUCAGGGCAACAGGCUGCUGCCUAUGGCGGCACCGGUGCUAGGUCUUGAGGAGCGACCUUGGGCACUCAGUUGGACGUCGGCCAGACAGGCUUGGGGUUUGACCUGCGCCGGUGACCUAGCUGACGACUUCAUUCUUCCGGCCAUGUCAGCCAAUGGCCGCCUCUUGCAGGCCCACUUGACGAGUGCUGAGGUCACGAGGUGGCUGCGCGCCAUUCUCAGUCAGGACCCAAGGGCAAAUCAGGAUCACUUGCUCCAGCUCACGUCGCACAGCUUGAAGGUGACGCUUCUGAGCUGGACAGCAAAAGUUUUCGUUGGAUGGGACAAUCAGACAUUGCUAGGUUACCAUAGUCUUGGAGUGAACAAGAGUGCACUAAGCUACAGCAGAGACGCCCUCAGUGGUCCCCUGCGUGAGCUCGAAAAGGUGCUCACGUUGGUGCGUGCUGGCCAGUUCGAUCCAGAUGACACCAGGAGCGGCCGCUGGCAUCCAGUCCCGCAGGCGAGCUCAUCCUCAGCAUCUGCAGCGUCGGCCGCUGGUGACGCCGCAGAGGCUCUGCAGCAAGCGCUCCAGGAAUCCAGUGAGGGCA